CGGCCUGAGAACGCCGGAGAGGAGUUGGCCGUAGUGAGAGGGACCGAUCCCCUGGGGCCGCCGGCGGCGAGAGCCUGAACCGCUCCUCCCAAUGGCGAAGAAGACGUACGACCUGCUUUUCAAGCUGCUCCUGAUCGGGGACUCGGGAGUGGGGAAGACCUGCGUCCUUUUUCGUUUUUCGGAUGAUGCCUUCAAUACCACCUUUAUCUCCACCAUAGGAAUAGACUUUAAGAUCAAAACAGUUGAAUUACAAGGAAAGAAGAUCAAACUACAAAUAUGGGAUACAGCAGGCCAGGAGCGAUUUCACACCAUCACAACCUCCUACUACAGAGGAGCAAUGGGUAUUAUGCUAGUAUAUGACAUCACCAAUGGUAAAAGUUUUGAAAACAUCAGCAAAUGGCUUAGAAACAUAGAUGAGCAUGCCAAUGAAGAUGUGGAAAGAAUGUUACUAGGAAACAAGUGUGAUAUGGAUGAUAAAAGAGUUGUACCCAAAGGAAAAGGAGAACAGAUUGCAAGGGAGCAUGGUAUUAGAUUUUUUGAGACUAGUGCAAAAGCAAAUAUAAACAUUGAAAAGGCGUUCCUCACAUUAGCCGAAGAUAUCCUUCGAAAGACCCCUGUAAAAGAGCCCAACAGUGAAAACGUAGAUAUCAGCAGUGGAGGCGGCGUGACGGGCUGGAAGAGCAAAUGCUGCUGAGCGGCCGCCUGUCCAUCGGAGGCAGCUGCCACCCCGUUUUCUCUUGCUGCAUAAUAAACCACUCUGUCCAUUUUUAACCCUGAACAGAUAUUUUUGUUCCUCAUCUUAACUAUCCAGUCCAUCUAUUUUGUUUGUUCUCUCAUCUGUGACUGCUUGCUGACUUUUUAAUUUUCUUCAAACAACAACAAAAAUUGUAUAGAAAAAUCAUGUCUGUGACUUCAUUUUUAAAUGUACUUGCUCAGCUCACCACUGCAUUUCAGUUGUAUUAUAGUCUGGUUCCUCUUAUCAACAUUAAAACCUAUAACAAUCAUUUCAACUCUAUUCUGCAAAUUGUAUAAGAAUAAAAGUUAGAAUUAACAA